AUGUCUUGGGUGGGAUCAUGGCUGUACAACAAAAAUACUCCUGUGAGUAUCUCAGCACCAUCAUUAGAUGUUCUGAGUGAGGUGCAAGAACCUGCAACACUCAUCAUGAAUGAUGAUUUGGAUGGCGCUGAACAUGGCCUUAAUGAGGGUGACUCCUCAUUUCACAAGCUGGGAAAAGGGAUUAUUGCUUUCAUCCGGGCAACAUUAGGACUGGAACAAGAUAUAAUGCGUGAAGCUGCUGCGCAGUUAGCUGAAGCUGAUGCAAGUGCAUCGAAUGAUCAACGCAAAUCCCAACACAAAGCCCAUACACUCAAUGCAUAUCAGUCUCCUAUUUACAGCCCUGGGACAGAAUAUUUGUUGUGUCAAAUUAUGGCACAGCUCAUGGCGGCUUUAGUUGGAGUUUUAAAUGAAAACUUGAUGGAAAGUAUAAAGGCUUUUUACAAGCUUAGAAAAGCGUACAUCGCACUUGACGGGAUAAUGCAUAUGGAGAAGGACUAUCUAGAUCGUACUGGACGCCAUUCUGCCACUGCCGAAAAUUCCAAGGCAACUACCUACAAUCCACUCGGAAUACCAACCUCGGCCGCGCGGUCACCUACGGUCGAAGGUUCGAACCAACAAGACGAAUUUAUUCAUUCGGGGGCAAACCUCUGCUUUGGCCUUCUACUACUACUCAUUUCGAUGGUCCCACCUGCCUUUAACAGACUUCUCUAUAUUACCGGAUUCAAGGGUGACCGAUCCCGCGGUUUGCGGAUGCUUUGGCGGGCUAGCAAAUUCCAUAGCCUAACAGGGGCCGUUGCAGCCGUUGCUAUUCUAGCGUUUUACAAUAGCUUUGUGCGUUGCUGCGACAUAUUACCUGACUCUUCUAGCCAAAGCGAGGACGACGUUGAUGGAUACCCAAGAAAACGGCUCAGUGCUUUAUUAACGGAGAUGCGAGAUAGGUUUCCUAGAAGCCAGCUAUGGCGCCUAGAACAGUCAAGGAUGGAAGGGGCACAGGGGAAUUUAGAAAAUGCCUUACAAUUGCUUAUGAGUCCGGUGGAAACCCCUCUUAAACAAGUUGAGGCCCUUUGUGUUUUCGAACGAAGCAUGAAUGCUAUGUAUCUUCAUCAAUACGAACUCUGCGCAAAGUCUUUUCUUGAAUGCGUUGAGCUUAAUUCGUGGUCGCAUGCCCUGUACUAUUAUAUCGCUGGGGCAUCCCAUCUUGCGCUUUACCGCCAGAAUCUCGGCUACGCUCAAAACGUUGCAGCUGGACAUGCAGCAAAAGCAGUGGAACUCUUUCUCAAGGUUCCACAAUAUGUUGGCAAGAAAAGGUUCCUGGCAUCUCAACUUCCCUUUGACACGCUAGUGGCCCGCAAGAUUGCCAAAUGGCAGUCUCGAGCCAAACAAUGGAACGUUGAUUUUAUCGACGCUAUUGGGGUAGAUCCCAUCGAGGAAAUGAUUUAUUUUUGGAAUGGUCACAGCCGCAUGUCGUCGGUGCAAUUGGAGAAAUCUCUAAGGAAUCUCAACUGGUUCGAAAGUGAACAAAAUAAAACAUGGGGUCGUGAAGACCUUGAUGAACGAGCCAUCCUUGCCUUACUCAGGGCCUCCAUUUUUCGCUUCCUUGAAAGGCAUGGGGAAGCCAAGGAAGUUUUGCAAUCGCAAAUUCUUUGCCACGAUAAAGCGAAUUUUAAGGGUCACCUAAAAGAUGACUGGACCUGUCCAUCAGCGCAUUAUGAGAUGGCUGCUAAUCUGUGGAUGGAACGGCGCUAUCUGCUCAGGCCAACAGAGGGAAUCAGGUCGCGAUUGCUUCGGGUAUUCAAAUGGUGA